GCGCAUGCGUCCCUUAACAGUUUAGCCCUACUGCGCAUGCGUCCCUUAACAGUUUAGCCCUACUGCGCAUGCGUCCCUUAACAGUUUAGCCCUACUGCGCAUGCGUCCCUUAACAGUUUAGCCCUACUGCGCAUGCGUCCCUUAACAGUUUAGCCCUACUGCGCAUGCGUCCCUUAACAGUUUAGCCCUACUGCGCAUGCGUCCCUUAACAGUUUAGCCCUACUGCGCAUGCGCCCCUCUGAAGUUUAGGGUGGGAGCUAGCUGUUAGCACUGAGAGCUACUUAGCCGGAGUGUGUAAUGGCGGCCUCGGUGUUGCUGGGCUCGUUGGACAACGUCGGAGUCAACUUCGCGGUUGGAGGCGGCAGCAGCGGGAGUAUUUUAGUCGGGAUUGAUCAUAACGGAACGGCGGGUCCGGUGCCCUGGAACCGGGCUCUGGACCGAGCGCUGGACGAAGCCUCAACCACCGGGAGCCUGAACCUCAGCAGCCGGAAGCUGAAGGAGUUUCCCCGCAUCGCCGUCCACCACGAUCUGACGGACACCACCAGGGCCGACUUGUCUCGCAACCGUCUCUCUGAGCUUCCUCUGGACGUUUGUCUAUUCGUGUCUCUGGAGAGUCUGAAUCUUUACCAGAAUUGUGUGAGGUCUCUACCGGACAGUAUGCUCAACCUGCAGGCCCUCACCUACCUGAACCUCAGUCGGAACCAGCUGUCUGUCCUCCCUGUGGUUGUCUGCAGUCUUCCUCUGAAGGUUUUGAUUGCCUGCAACAACAAGCUGGUUUCUCUUCCAGAAGAAGUUGGCCAGCUGAGACAGCUGACCGAGCUGGACGUCAGCUGUAACGAGAUCCAGACUCUACCGUGUCAGGUGGGUCAGCUGGAGGCUCUGCGAGACCUGAACAUCAGGAGGAACCACCUGGUCCGGCUGCCUCCAGAGCUGGCAGACCUCCCUCUGGUUCGUCUGGACUUCUCCUGUAACAAAGUGACCUCCAUCCCCGCCUGCUACCGACAGCUGACGCAGCUACAGACCAUCGUCCUCGACAACAACCCUCUGCAGACCCCACCUGCACAGAUUUGUAUUAAAGGAAAGGUGCACAUAUUUAAGUAUUUGAACCUGGAGGCCAGUAAGACGACCCCUGACCUACCAGACUUUGACAGACGCCCUUUGACCUUCAGCUCCUGUGCUGAUGAGCUUUACCCCGGCCGGCCCUACGGAGCUCUGGACUCUGGCUUCAACAGUGUCGACAGCGGAGACAAGAGGUGGUCAGGGAACGAGCCUACAGAGGAGCUUUCAGAGCUGCCUCUCAGAGUGGCCGAGAUCAGCAGAGACCAGAGACACAGAGGAGGAGGAGGAGGAGGACCUCUGCAGGCUAACGGCACACAUGUGGAGUCGGAACAGAUAGACUUCAUUGACAGCUGUGUGGGGGAGGAAGAGGAGGAGGAGGGGAGGAGUCGAGGAGGAAGCAGCAGAGACAGUGUCAGCUUAAGCUCUCAGUUCAUGGCCUACAUCGAGAGACGCAUCACCAGAGAGGGUUCCCCUGUGAAAACCAACUCGAGGACCGAAGACAGGAGGAGACACAACAGGACUGUGGCUGAUGGUGUCACAGCGCCACCUAGUGCCCAGAGCCAGAGAGAAGGGGGAGCUGCUCCAGUGGGGGUGGAGAGGAUGAGGAGGGAGGCUCAGCACGCUGCUCUGCGGUACGACGAGGAGCGACACAAGAGCAGGUCUCAGCAAAGAGCCUGUGAGAAUAAAGCGCCUCAAAGUCCAGACUGUGAGAAUGUCUACCCCUCCAGACGCUCCACCCACACAGAUGACUCCGCCCUCUUUGUGGGGGAGGACAGAGCUGCUCUGUCUCCAACAGCCAAUCAGUCCCCUUCGUAUCCCAGCUCAGGGGGCGUGGCCUCCUGUCGGACAUCCGCUCUGAGACCAGAGAGCUUCCUGUUUCGCCUCGGACAGAAACAGGAGAAGAGGAAAGGUGAUGCUGCUCAGAUGCAGGAGGCUCCUGCUGCUCCUCUGGUUGGAGAAGAUGCUGAGCUGGUGGAGCAGCUGAGGAAGAAUAUCGAGGCUCGCCUAAAGGUGUCGUUGCCUAGCGACCUGGGAGCAGCUCUGACAGAUGGGGUGGUGCUCUGUCACCUGGCCAAUCAUGUGAGACCCCGGUCCGUCCCCAGCAUCCACGUCCCCUCCCCCGCUGUACCCAAACUCACGAUGGCCAAAUGUCGACGAAAUGUAGAGAACUUCCUGGAGGCGUGUCGUAGAAUUGGUGUUCCUCAGGCUUGUCUCUGCUCAGUAGGUGAGGUCCUGACGGGGGAAGGCCCCAGCGUUUAUGGGACGACUCAGCUGUGUCUACCUCUUCACAUUCUGGAGGGGGGGGGGCUCCCGCAGGUGGCUGGGACUGUGAGCACCUUGCUGGACCUGGCCCCGCCCCGACACCCCAUCUCCACAACAACGACACCCGGCCCCCCCGCUGCCUUGUAGACGCCUGCCGCACGCGCUCAAUGUGCCUCCCGUUAGUGUGUUUUAAAAGAGAAACCGGUUAAACUUUUACUAAGUGAAGACAAGAUGUGUUCCUUACUCACGCUGUUCUUCUAUCAGGACUGUUGCAACCACAAAGAUGACAUCAUCAGGACGAUUACACAACCACCACAAUCAUGACAUCAUCAGGACCGUUACACAACAACCACAAUCAUGACAUCAUCAGGACCGUUACACAACCACCACAAUCAUGACAUCAUCAGGACCGUUACACAACAACCACAAUCAUGACAUCAUCAGGACCGUUACACAACAACCACAAUCAUGACAUCAUCAGGGGAGCAGCUUUCUAAGGCGUGAAGUCAGAGGCACCUCCGGAGUCCUUUGAUGUCGUGCUCUCUUUAUGCAAUGACCUCUUUUGGACAGGAUUUAUUUGUUUACACCAAAAACCUUGUACAGAGAGAAGAGAUAAAUGUAUGAACAAAUAUAAUCCUAACAAUAGUUUAACUUCAUCAUAAAAUGACUCUAAUGACCAACAUUUCAUAACCAAUGACUCCGCUAACGUUGGCUUACUUCGUGGUUCUCCUUGUUUAGUAUCUCAUAUUUUAUUUAUUGAUCUAAACCUGCCGAACAAUGUCAAAGAUAUUUAGACACUAAAUAAAACUUUAAAAACAACUUAAUGUAGCUAAAUGCUAAUGUUACUCUAAUGAAAACGCUCCUUUUUGAGAAAGUGGGUUUACAUAUGGUGCUGCUAAUUUCUAAUAUGUAGCAUUUCUUGAAAUAACACUAAUGUUCUCCGCUAACGGUAGCCAUUAUUAAUGUUGGUUGAGAGAUUUAAGAUUCCAGCUAAGCCAAACAUGGUUUAAAGUUUAAUGACUGCGAACAUUAUCACAACAAACAUUCAUUCAGUUGGCAAACAAUCAUUUUAAUUAUUGAUUUAACGCGAAAUAGCUGUAACGCUAGACAAUGAACAUGAAUCUACUUGGUUUGCAUGUAAAGCUGCUUAGCUUCAUGCUAACGUGGAUAACUUUAGUUUAGAUUUGAGUUGGUAACAAUAGUGAACCCAGGUUUACACUACUUAUCGCCCAUUUAAGCUAACAUUAUGAACCAGUAUGUUUCAAGGUUAAGUUAACCCAGCUAACUGUUAACAUAAACAUUGGUUAAUGUUGUAAUGAGCUUUAAGCUAAUUCAGCUCAGUGCUAACGUUAGUAAACAUGAACCUAGUGGGUUUGGAGUUGAGGCUAACACAGCUAGCUGCAAAGUCAACUAAUGGCUUACCCAAGGUAGCUCUGUGCUAAUGUUAACUGGCAUGCCUAGCAGGUUCCCAUGUAGCUAACGGUAGACAGGAGCUAAAGCCAACCUAGCUCAGCGCUAAAGUUACCAAAUAUCUGACGGUGCCAACAUUGGCGAACUAUGGAGCUAAAGAUAAAGUAAUUUGUUUAGUUCCAACAUUAGACUUGAGUUAAGCUACCGUGGCUAACAUUAGCUUCGGCUCAGUUUACUCUGUCUGAUCCAAACGUCAGAAUUGAGUUUGUUAUUCAAAGCUUUGAGUUGUGAUGGGACAGAAAAACAACUUUCUGCUUCUGAACUCUGACUCGGAGGACGUUUGUUUGGCGGAGGUCUCACCGUUGUAUUUAAAAAGUCUUACUCUACACCCCCGUAAAAUCAUUAAACAGGACGUAUUAAAAAAUGUUGGCAAACAGGAGUCAGAAUUGACACACAUACAAGUCAUGCGUCUUCCUCCAAGAGUUUCACACUUGAAAUUUAUGUAAUUAUUUAUUAAGAAAAGAUGAUUUAGUUCUAUUGACAUUAAAAAUACUUCAGAUCAGAUGGCGACUGAAGUAGCAGUUUAGAUUAGAGAAGGACAACCAGGUGAUGACGAGCGUCUGGCCAUCGUUCUGUUGCAUUGGGGGACAUUUUUUUAUUGUUCUACAGCCACACUACUACAAACUGUUAAAUAUUUGUGUACAAAUAUACUCCUAAGUCAGUCAGUCAUCUGUACCGCUUAUCCUUAGGGGGUUGUAGAAGGUGUGUGUAUAUAUAUAUAUGUAUGUAUGUACAUAUAUAUACACAUAUAUACGUGUGUGUGUAUAUAGAGAAUCAUCUUUUACUUUGAAUGUCUAUUUUUACUUGUAAUCAUUAUUAAAGUUUAACAAUAGAACAAAU